AUGCAUGGCGCCUUGUCGGGUAAGGUUGCCGUGGUAACAGGAGCAUCUUGUGGCAUUGGUGCUGCCAUCUCUCGACAACUGGCUGCUGCUGGUGCCAAGGUUGCCAUGGCAGCAAGGCGGGAGAACUUCUUAAAAGAAAUCCAGGAUGAAAUUUCAAAGGAAGAGGGGGUAGCUCUAGCAGUGAGAUGUGAUGUCAAAAACAGAGCUGAGGUGAAGGAGCUUAUUCAGUACACGGAAAGAACCCUGGGUCCCGUAUAUAUAUUGGUGAACAACGCUGGUUACUGGGCGUUCAGGUGUAUGAAGAAUCUUCACGAGGAGGAGUGGGAUGAACAGGUGGACGUGAAUAUCAAGGGGGUGUUGAACUGCAUUAGAGCUGUGAUCACAGGGAUGUGUGAAAGGAAAAGUGGUCAUAUCGUCAACAUGUCGUCAGACUGUGUAAAGCAGUUCAGGUAA